AUGCAGUUCAUGUCCGCCAUCAUCUCUGCCUUUGCCCUCUGCAUGGCCAGCCAUGCCCUGGGAGCCGCCAUCGACUCUCCGGUCCAGGACAUCGAGGCUGCCGACCCCUUGAUUGCCACCGACCCUUUCUACGCUUGCAACUGUCCCAACAAUUGCUCGCACAAGGCCGGCUCCGGCUGCAAGUACCAUUCCGGUCCUUCGGACAAGUCCAGCGUUGUCAAGGGCAAGUGCGUUGUUCGUGGUGGCGGCCUUACUUGCGUCUCUGGCUGA